GUUGCUUCCAACCAUUCAGUCAUACUUUGCAGAACGAUGCAGUGUUUCUGUUUCCCAACUGAAUAUGUGUGUUAGAACAGGAAUUAGUAUGUGAUGUGGGAUUUCCACAAUUGUUUCGUUAAAAUAUACAUCCAUAAAACACAUCUAUAAUCCAGGCUCUUAUUUGAUUAUUCGAAUCAGUGCCAAAAGGUUAAAUGGCGUUGCGAAUAUAUUUUGUUUUAAUUAGUUCAUUAGUAUUGCUUCAUCAGUACAAGGUUCAAAAUGUCUCGGAAACCUACGCGAUUCAUCGAUUUAAAUAUUUUCAAAACAUUAACCAUAGUACAUUGUACGACUUUGUAACUCAUGUGGAAUCUAUCAACAAGUGGAUGAAAUUUGUUACUUUCGUGUCAAGCGACCAGAAAUCACUUGCGGUCGGUAAAUUAUACAAAGCGGUCAUCGAGCCCAACACAAUCCUAUUGCGUGUGGUUGAAUACCGUCCAAUGGAGUAUAUCACCCUCGAGUCGGCGAUAAAAGAUAGUUUUUUUCAAGUAAAGAUUGAACUAUAUUUUUACAAGGGUUGUAAUGAGGAACUACGUUUGUCGGAUAAAAACCAUUCUGCAUUGAAUUCACUUCGUUCAGCUGAACCAGAUAAUAGAAAUAACGAUUAUGAAGAUUUAAGAAACAGGGGUAAAGGAAGUGGAUUGCGUGUAAUUGUUUUUUUCGUCCAUACAUCAUAUUUAUUUCAGAAUACUAUCGGUGCCAUUUUUCGACACAUCUUUAGCCAAAAACUGGAUUAUUCUUUAGCGAAUCUAGUAAAUAUGCUGCCACACGUUGAUGAGCAUAUCUUUUACCGAUAGAUCACAAUCACCGGUCGUCGGAACAUAUUAAAUCCAUUCCGCCAUAGGGUUAUCUGUUGGUCGUUCAAACCGUCGUACCAACGGUAUGGCAGUGCUAUUAAAAAGUCUUUGUAUAUAUUCAGUUAGUUGCUGAAAUUUUUUAAAAAAAUAUUUAAAGAACUUUAACUUGUACUGUCGGUUUAGAAUAUGAUUACCGUUAUGAUGUCUCCUAUAUCCAAACCAUCGACGGCUUGCGAAAGGAACAACACUAUAAAAGCAACAGCCAUCGUGCACCACUGACAAGAGCCCUUCAUAAACUGUCUGCAAUCAAAUUACCUUCUAGAAAACAGCAUAUGAAGCGUCUGUUUUAACAGUUAGAAUUGUACAGAAACAAAUAAAAAGUAUAAUCACUGCUCGGGUGAUUUCCCAUCCAGGGUCAAACAAAUGAUUUUAUCAUUUGUAUGUUACAUUUAUUCUAUGCACUUCAAGGUUAAG